AUGGCAUCUGACUUGUCAAAUGCUGCGCGGUUGGCUGGGAGCCUCUCCCAGAGCGUCUCCAGCGCCAUGGACUCGCCGUCCAGCUCGCUCACCAUGAGCUACGCGACCGUUGAAGCUGCUCACGCCUCUACCGGCUGGCUCGGGCUCAUCGGGUGGCUUCUCUUGAGCAUAAUCAACUUCAUCACCACCGUCCUGUACUGGGCCAUCCGUACAGUGACUAUUACCUUCCCAAGUGUCCUGUACACUCUCUUCUCCGCGAGCUGGACAGUGACUAUGAAUGCUACUACGCUCAUGUUCAUCAUUGCGGCCAUCGUGUCGGCGGUCAGUUGGGUUGUCAGGUAUCGCAUCUUGAAUAUGUACUCGAGAUUGCCCCCUGAACCUCAACGGAAGGAGCCUGAAAUCGACUUGUUCCCGGAUACCCACGAAGAUGGUAUCAAGUCCGGCCUGGCCAACUACCUGGACGAGUUCCUGAGCGCCAUCAAGAUCUUCGGUUACCUCGAACGAUCCGUGUUUCACGAACUCACCCGAAGCAUGCAGACCAGGAAGCUCAUUGCUGGAGAAACAAUUAAUCUAGAAGAAGAAAAAGGCUUCUGCAUUGUUGUUGAUGGCUUGGUUGAGAUUUUCGUCAAGUCUGGUAGAAAUCCUCGGGCGCCCGUCAGGAGCGGGUCUCAAACCGACCUCUUUGAUUCCUCUGAUGAUGAAGACACUCUGCCUGGUCAGCAAAGGUACCAGCUCUUGACUGAAGUCCGCAAUGGAGCACCCAUGUCAUCUCUCUUUUCCAUCAUGUCGUUGUUCACAGAAGAUGUAAGACUGAAGACACAUGAUGAGGAGACAUCUCUUCGUGCAACUAGUAGUCGACAUCAUGAGCGAGGUGAUGCUCUGAAAGUCAAAGAGUCUGCUGGAAAGCUUUCUCACGCUCCCACUUCGAUGCCAAGCACACCGCAUUUGGAUCCGAAUGUGGAGCAUGUCAAGUUCGGCGAUGGCAUUCUGUCGAAUGGCGCAGCUGUCUCAAAGAUCCCGCCCAUAUCGUUGGAGCCUGCAGUUACCUUUGAGCCUAGCAAGGAGAGACCGGAGAGACCAGGGCUUCCAAAUCGGCUGCUGUCAAGCUCGGCACACCCUGACAUCAUCGCUCGGGCAACAGUUGAUACCACUAUUGCAAUCAUACCUGCAAGUGCAUUCAGAAGGCUCAUCAAGAUAUACCCCAAAGCCACGGCACACAUCGUUCAUGUGAUCCUUUCUCGGUUUCAAAGGGUAACCCUGGCACAAGCGUUCAACUACCUUGGUCUAACAGCUGAGGUUCUACAAACUGAAAAGGACAUGGUCAAGUUUACCAUGUGCCAGCUUCCCAACAUUCUCCGCGGAGACGCCCUGAGCAGACUGAAGGAAAAGUUUAAUCGCGAGCGGGAACGCAUUGGUGAAGACCAAGAGACCAAAGGGAUUGCCCUGCAUAAUUCGGCAGUUAACAGGCGCCGAAGGUCGAGUACAGCCCUACGAAAAGAGAUCGCCAUUCAAACUAUUGCCAAGAAUCGAUCUGUGUCCUCUACUAUAAACAAUGCUGCAUCUGCGCGCGAUCCACGAUUAGCCCGUGGUCUCAACCCUGGGGAUCUCCUGGCAGAAACUGGUGCAGACGGAAGCCUAUUCAGUCCCCUGACCCAAAAGACUUUUAACCCAUUUGAUUCUGGACGGCAUGCCCGCAUCUCGACGGAUCGGGAUUCAGUUGAUGAGGAUAACCUGUUUAGAGCCUCUAUUCUCGAAUGUGUCUUCAAGUCUCUUGGCCUAGAUGCGGGCGGAACCUCGUCCAGAGAUGCCGACUCGAUGGAAGGAUCCCCGCGGUUGGUGGGAUCUCCUAGGCUGAUCUCUACAGACCAGCGGCGAGCAAAGACCAUGUACACAAACAACGCAUUUGGCUUCAUUGGACCGUAUGAAGGGUCAAUUGAUGGAGAGACUGAGUCAUUAACCUCGAACGGGCUGACUGGUCAUACUUCACCAACUGCACAUUCUUUGGCUCACGACAUGAUGGAUGAGGUUGAAAUUGUCUUCUUCCCUAAAGGGUCGGUGCUAGUAGAGCAAGGCGAGCGGAGCCCCGGUCUGUACUAUGUCGUGGACGGGUUCCUCGACAUUGGCACCACGGUAACCGAUGGUGCGCAAAACAUCUUUCAGAAAUCGGGCUCGGCUUCUUUUAGCGCAGAUUCGCUUCAUUCGGAUGAACGAUUUCAAGGCUCGUCUCCCAAAGAUUCAGUCCAUGGCACACCGUACUCUUCACAUCGGGACCAGGGUCAUCGCCGAAGUGUUGCCCUCAUUAAGCCGGGAGGCUUGGCGGGAUAUAUCGGCAGUGUCUCUUCUUACCGGUCCUUUAUCGAUGUGGUGGCCAAGACGGAUGUCUAUGUUGGAUUUCUUCCUAGAGCUUCUCUUGAAAGAAUAGUCGACAGGUAUCCCAUCAUCCUCUUGACAAUGGCCAAGAGGUUGACUCACAUUUUGCCCCGACUCAUCCUGCACAUUGACUUUGCCCUCGAAUGGGUUCAGGUCAAUGCUGGCCAAGUGAUAUUCCACGACAGCGAUGAAAGCGAUGCCAUUUACAUUGUCCUCAACGGGCGUCUUCGCCUUGUGGAAGAUAGGCAAGACGGUGGAGUAUCAGCGCGAGCCGAAUUCGGACAGGGCGAGAGUAUCGGAGAGCUUGAGGUGCUGACCGAAACUGCGCGCUCUGGAACCUUGCACGCCAUUCGGGAUACCGAGCUAGUCAAGUUUCCUCGCACUCUCUUCAACAGCCUUGCCCAGGAGCAUCCCAACAUUACCAUUAAGAUCUCCAAAAUCAUCGCUUCUAGAAUGAGGGCUGCCGUGGAUGACUCUACCAAAUUGUCUGCAAAGGAAGCGGGCUCGGGUGCUGUAACCAAUCAGCGAAAAUCAACCUUGAACCUUCGGACUGUGGCUAUUCUGCCGGUUACCGCUGGCGUUCCCGUCGUGGAAUUCGGGCAUCGUCUUAUGAAUGCGCUGGCCCAAGUAGGACCCCAAAACGGCGCAACCUCUCUGAACCAGUCUGGGAUCCUGAACCAUCUGGGAAAGCAUGCGUUCAACAAGAUGGGCAAACUCAAGUUGUCGCAAUAUCUCGCUGACUUGGAAGAGAAGUACGGAUUGGUGGUGUAUGUGGCAGAUACCAACGUCAACUCGCCAUGGACACAGACCUGCAUCACUCAAGCUGACAGCAUUCUACUUGUCGGAUUGGCUGAAGGCUCUCCAGCUAUUGGAGAGUACGAGCGCUUUAUGCUAGGGAUGAAGUCAACAGCGCGAAAGACUCUAGUUCUGCUCCACACUGAACGAUUCUCGCGGCCGGGCCUUACACGAUCGUGGCUGCGAAAUCGUAUGUGGAUCAACGGUGGUCACUAUCAUAUACAGAUGGCAUUUAGAACAGAUGCAAUGCCUACCCAUCCUCCAUCGAAAAAACUGGGACAAGCCCUCAAAGAAAGGGUGCAAGUGUUGCAAGCUGAGAUACAAAAGUACACUUCGCGGAAUGUGCAUCAUCACCAGUAUUACUCGCCUGAUACACCAUUCAAGGGAGAUUUCCAUCGCCUUGCGCGCCGGCUUUGCGGAAAGUCUAUUGGACUGGUCCUAGGCGGCGGUGGUGCACGAGGCAUCAGCCAAAUUGGAAUCAUCAGAGCGAUGGAAGAGGCUGGUAUUCCGGUUGAUAUUGUCGGUGGCACAUCAAUUGGAGCUUUCGUCGGCGCACUAUACGCCCGCCAUGCAGACGUUGUGCCCAUGUUUGGUUUUGCAAAGAAAUUUGCUGGUCGCAUGGCCAGUCUCUGGCGAUUCGCUCUCGAUCUGACGUACCCUUCUGCCUCUUAUACGACGGGGCACGAGUUCAAUCGAGGCAUAUUCAAGACUUUCGGGAACACGCAAAUCGAAGACUUUUGGCUGGAAUACUAUUGCAACACUACCAAUAUCAGCAAAAGCCGGGCCGAGUUUCACACGAGCGGAUAUGCGUGGCGAUACAUUCGAGCUUCGAUGUCGCUUGCCGGUCUGCUACCGCCGUUGUGUGACGAAGGUAGUAUGCUGCUAGACGGCGGUUACGUGGACAACUUGACGGUAUCACACAUGAAAGACUUGGGAGUAGACAUCAUCUUUGCGAUCGAUGUUGGAGCGCUGGAUGAUGACACGCCGCAGACAUAUGGAGACUCAUUGUCAGGCAUGUGGGCAUUCUUCAAUCGGUGGAACCCGUUCUCGUCUCACCCCAAUCCACCAACACUGGCAGAGAUUCAAGGCAGACUCGCGUAUGUCUCGAGUGUCGAUGCUUUGGAGCGGGCAAAAACCAUGCCAGGAUGCACCUACAUGCGGCCGCCUAUCGAUGGCUACGGAACACUUGACUUUGGAAAAUUUGAUGAGAUCUACAAGAUGGGUUACGAGUUUGGGCGCGAGUUCUUCCAAAAGCUCAAGGACGAGAACAAGCUGCCGCUCACGGAGGAGACUGAGGCGAAGAAGGCGCUGCGAAGAACAACUGCACCUAGACGAGCCAGCAUCUAG